AUGGCCAAACAUCGAAAAAAGUCAUUAACCUUACACGAAAUUUUUAAUGAUGAGCCUCAGGAAGCUGGUCACAAUCUCGUUAAAAUUCCAGCUACAUCUACACCAAUUGAUCUACAAUUCACUUCUAAAAAUUAUGCUGCAAAAAAGAAAAUUAAAAAAUCUAAACCAUUACAAGAUAAUACAAUUAGUAUACUACAUAACCAAAUAGUUGCAAAACCUCAAAAACUUCAUGCUAAAUCACAACUAAAUGAGCAAUUACCAACUAUUAACAACUUACUCGAUCCAUUAUAUCAUGAAAAUUAUGUUAUGUUUAACCGCACCAAACCAUUUCAACCAAAACCAAUUGGGACAAAAAUUCAAAAUUUAAACACCAAAUAUGAAAAUCCGAACUCUCCACAAUCAAUCAAGCCAAAAAAUAAUAUUACAUCAACUCAAAAUUUGUUGUCAAUUCCAUAUUAUCAUCAACUAGAUAAAACUUUUGCAGCCGUUCAUAUUGAACCACAAAAAUCAAUUUCACCACGAAGAAAAUCGUCAUUAUCUACUAUUUCCGAAAAGCAUACAAUAAAUUAUAUUUUAAAUGAUUCUGAUGUCAACUUACCUGAUCACUAUCAAAAGUCACCAGAGUUAGGUCGCAAUGAAAAGGAGUUCAACGACUCUGCGGAACUCGAUUUUGAUUAUGGAGGAAAUGAAUUUGACUCACGUAUUGAGGCUUCUGAUGGUGAAGAAAAAGACUUGACUUCAGGUACAAUUAGGCUGUUGUUAGAAUUAGGUGGUUAUAAAUAUUCUGAUAAUGAGGAAGAUGUAAAGAAAAAAUUCAAUAUAAAAAAAGAGAAGUCAGAUUCGGAUAGAAGUUUGAGCUACAGGGCAAAUUCAGAAGACAAGCUAUUUGUUAGUUCCGAUGAUAAUGGUCCUGAUGAAAAUUAUUACAACAUUAUACAAGACAAAGUUUCUUUCCCUAGGUCUACGAAUUAUACGAUACAUGACUCAAUGGAUUUAUUAAGAUGUGAAGAACCUAUUAUAAAAAAGUUUAUGAAAACCUUUUUGUAA